AUGUCUUGUAUAUUAGAUACGUUCGAAAAUUAUGCUUGGCAGUCGGUUAAAAGAGUGUCUAGAGGUUGUGACGCGAGCAAUGCUAUCGCGGAUUCGUUCGAAGGCAUUCUCGGCUCGCUUACCACGAAAACAGAACUGUCCACUAAAGAAAAACGAAAAAUUAUGAGGAACAAUGUCCUACAGGUGCUGAUCAAAUCGACUGUGAUGCCUUUCAGAUGGCUAAAGAGCUCCUACAGAUGCUUCUACUGCUAUGACAUUUUCCAAGAAUCCUCAGAACUGAAAAACCAUCAAAUAACGCACGUCGGUGAUGAAAUUAAGGAGAUAACUAUGAGCAAAUACUGGGAGCCCAUUGUGUACGUUGAUAUUUCGAACUUAGCUUGCAAGCUCUGUACAGAAAACGUAACGGAUCUCUACGAAUUGAUAGACCAUCUGGUGGACAAACACGGGACGGUUUACAAUAAAGAUGUCGGCACCUGCAUGAUACCGUUCAAACUGGACAACUUUUCACUCAACUGUCUCACUUGCGGCGCCGGGUUCUACACAUUCGGCCCUCUAUUGCAUCAUACGAAUAAGGACCAUAAGGGGACAUCGGCCAUCCUAUGCGAGGUCUGCGGGCAGCACUUCAAGGACGGCAAUCUGCUCCGCUUGCACAUGAAGUCCGUUCACGAGAACUCCGGUUUGCUCUGCCAAGAGUGCGGGGACAAAUUCGAGACGCGAUACAAGCUGAAAAGCCACCAGAAGUACGAGCACGAUAUGGACAAAAAGUACAAGUGUCUUGUGUGCACUCAGAUAUUCAGGAGUCACUACAAACGAUCGAGGCACAUGGCAACUGAGCACAAGAACAGAGAGGAGAUCAAGUGCCUGCACUGUCCGAAGACAUUCGUGUUCCGCAGUAUGAUGAUGACGCAUCUGCGCGACACCCAUUUGAAAGUCAGGAAUCACAUAUGCAGCGUGUGCGGCUGGAAGGCAUUCAACAGCAAUCGGUUGAAGAACCACAUGUAUAAGCACAGUGGGGAGAAAAAUUUCAAGUGCGACGUGUGCGAGAAACUGUUCACGACGCGGAAGAUUAUGCGAGCGCAUUUCGCGAGGAUGCAUAAGGCUGUACAACCGCCGACUAUGGGUUAUGAGCAUCAGUACAGAUUGAGUUAA